AUGGACGAAGUGAUUCUGGUAAAAUUCGAGAACUCCAAGCUUAACUUAGCCGAAAGUACACCAUACUCUAGCUCAAGCUUGUUUUGUCUCCGGAAGGUAAGUUUUAGUCAUAUAUUUACGAGUUGUGCAACUUUAUAUCUACAGAAGAACCAUAGCUUUUGCCGCUCAUCGAGAAACAAGAAAGGGCGUGUUUUCGUGUUGCCAGCUCUGGAGAACUUGAUCAGCCAAGAGCCUAACGUGGUUGCUUUCGUUGGAACCGCGUCAACAACAAAGAUAUGA